AUGGCUGCUCAAGGUGCAAGGAUUUUCUUCUCUGCUCAGAAUCAACCAGCAAGGAAUCGAUUAUCUCCUGCACGCCACUACCUCCUGAAAUGCAGUACAAGACUCGCCGCCGCCUGCAGGCAGCAUACCAGCACCGGCACGGCGGAACCGCCGACAGUUAUCCAACGGCGAUCCGGAAAUUACGGUCCAAACAUCUGGGAGUCCCAUCAACGUUCCAAGCCACAGCACCCGGAUGACAACACUCAAGUAAUAGAGCGAGUGGAGGAGCUGAAGAAGUAUGUGAGACGGAAUUUGUUAAGUGAUGAUCAUAUCGGAGAAGGCGGCGGCGAGGAAGCAACGGUGGCCGAUGAGAGGGUGGAGAUGAUUGACACGUUGCAGCGGCUGGGAAUCGGUUACCAUUUCGAGCCGGAGAUUCAGAAUGCUCUGAGGACUGUGGAGGCGGCGGCCAUAAGUGGAAACAACCUCCACACAUGUGCCCUCCGAUUCAGACUACUCCGACAGGCUGGAAUCUGGGUAUCUCCAGAUGUCUUCAAGGGAUUUAGAGACGAGGAUGGAAAGUUCAAGCAAGAAAUCACUAGCGACGUGAGAGGGUUGUUGAGCUUGUACGAGGCUUCGUAUCUUGGCAUUCCAGAUGAGAAUGUUCUUGACGAAGCCAAAAUCUUUGCUAGGAGCCAUCUUCAUAAGCUUCUUUACAAGGCUGAAAGCACGACAAUAACAAGUCACCAACUGUCCCGAGCCUUGGAGCUUCCCUCCCACUGGAGGAUUCGACGGUCUGAGGCGAGGUGGCACAUUGAACAAUACAAAGACACUGAAGGGAUGGAUCCUGCAGUGCUUGAAUUAGCCAUGUUGGACUUCAACAUGGUCCAGCUUGUCUACCAAACCGAUCUGGAAGACCUUAACAGGUGGUGGAAGGAGUUGGCUCUUACGGAGAAACUAGAAUUCGCAAGAGAUCGUCUGAACGAGAGCUUUCUGUGGGGGGUAAGUUUGAUCCAGGAGCCUCAGUUUAGCUAUUGCAGGAAGAUUAUGUCCAAGCUCGUAUGUCUGAUUAAUGCCGUCGAUGAUGUGUAUGAUGUCUACGGUUCCCCAGAUGAACUCCAACUCUUCACCGCCGCCAUUCUAAGGUGGGAUGCAGAGGAGCUGGAUGAGCUUCCAGAGUACAUGAAAAUAUGCUUUAUGGCAGUCUACAACACUGCCAAUGAAUUGGCCUACUACACCAUUAAGCAGCAAGGCUUCAACUGCUUGCCUUACCUUAAACAAGCAUGGAAAGAACAAUGUAGAUUGUACCUCGAAGAAGCCAAUACUUUCCACAACGUUGGAUUCGACCAAACGUUUGAGGAGUAUUUGGACCACGGCUGGAAUACAGUAGCAUCAAGCAUUGUGUUGAUCCACACCUAUGCUGCAUCGGGUGAGACUCUCACCAAAGAAGCUUUCGAGUACCUAACUAACUACCCGAAACUUACUCGUUGGGAAGCUACCGUUGCUCGUCUUACAAACGAUCUAGCAACCUCUAAGGCGGAACUAGAAAGAGGGGAUAUUCUCAAGUCGAUAGAACGUUACAUGAAGGAGAAAGGCGUUUCAGAAGAAGAAGCACGCAAGUACAUUCAAUGGCGAAUCGGUGAAACGUGGAAGAGAAUCAACGAAGAAGUUGUGAAAAACUCUGACCACCGCAUGGGAAUGUACGUGAAUCUUGCAGUGAAUCUGGCUCGAGGACAUCAUUUCAUGUAUCAUAGUGGGGAUGCAAAUGGAUUCCCUACCGAGAAAGACAAAGACCAAGCUAUGAAAUUGCUUUAUCAGCCGUUAUUAGUCCUUGCAAUGGAGGAUAGUACUACCUCAGAAAAGAAUAACUUGAGUUAUUGUCGAUGA